AUGUUCUCGGGUAAACGUCUCGCAUGCACACAGCAGGCGCGGCCAAACAUAUGGCUCAGGGACAAUUGCCAGUGCAAGAGCUGCGUCCACGAAGCAACGAAACAGCGACUCCUCGAUACAUUUGCCAUUCCUCAGGAUAUCUCUAUCAAGUCGAGCUCGGAAGACUCCAGUUCAAUCCACGUUGAGUGGAAUGAUGGCCACACCAGCCACUACACCAAGGAAUUCAUCCAAAGCGCAGCAGCCCCUUUUGACAAGAGAGCUAUAGUUCGACAAGGUCUCACCAACAUCAAGCUGUGGGAUUCCACAGUCUCCAAGGAAGAUACUUCGAUCCGCUACGAAGCACCCGGAGCGAAGAACGAAGACUAUCUAAUCCGCGGCGUCCUAAACAGAAUCCGUAAAUACGGCUUUUGUGCCAUCCGCGAUACUCCAAUCAGCCCCGAAGCCACCCUAGACCUCCUCCGCCGCAUCUCCUUCAUCCGCGAAACGCACUACGGCGGCUUCUACGACUUCACCGCCGACCUCGCCUCCAAGGACACAGCCUACACCAACAUCGCCCUCGAAGCCCACACCGACACAACCUACUUCUCCGACCCGGCCGGUCUGCAAGCCUUCCACCUGCUCGAGCACAGCGACGGCACCGGCGGCGAGUCGCUGCUCGUCGACGGGUACAAGUGCGCAGACGACCUACUACAGCAAGAUCGCGAGGCGUACGAACUCCUUUCUACAGUGAAUGUGCAUGCGCAUGCGUCGGGCAAUGAAGGCAUUAGUAUCCAGCCCUAUAAGGGGUUCCCGGUUUUUGAGCAUGAUGCUGGGACGGGGGAAUUGCUGCGGGUAAGGUGGAAUUCGAGUGACCGCGCGGGGGUGGAAAUGCCGAUCGGGGAGGUGGGGAAGUGGUACGACGCCGCGAGGAAGUUUGAUGCGCUGCUCAAGAAGAAAGAGAAUGAGUACUGGGAGCAGUUGCAGCCGGGAACAGUGCUGAUCUUUGAUAAUUGGAGGGUGUUGCAUGGACGGGCGGCUUUUACUGGGAAGCGGAGGAUUUGUGGGGCUUAUAUCAACCGCGAUGACUGGAUCUCCAAGUACAAGAUGAUGGCCUUCGGGCAAGAGGAGGUGCUCGGGAAGCUGGCAUCAGGUUAG